AUGUUUCCAUGGCACCCAAGUUUGGCUUCUAGUCACCAUUUAAGGGCUUGUAUUCAUAUAUAGAAAAGGCACGUGCUGUUCGGGAUCGAUACUUAAACGCGUAAUUGGUGAGUGUCUGAAGGUGGCCAUGCACUACAGUGAGCAGAUACAGGGUAGCACCGCCAAACUGACGCAGUAACCCGCAUCAAUAAGAGCCUCUGACAGGUCUGUUCAGUCAGUGUGCCCCACAUGGUCGCCGAUUUUGGAGUAAAGCAAAAGAAAGAAAAAAAGGAGGAGCUGCUGUUGGCCAGGCGGUGACAGACGCCGGGGGGUGGACGACAAAACCAAGGUGAUGCAACUUCCAAUAAGCCAAAACUGGCGGAAAAACUUGUACACAGUGCAGAGUGCGACCAGGUGGCAGGAUCACCUCUACACGGCCAGAUCUCCUAACGACCGGCAAAAGAAAAACAUAGAAAAGUUUCUGGAUUAGGGCAGAAUUAGCACAAAGCAGCGACGCCACUUCAGCUACACUUGCAAGCAGCACAGAAGAAGGGGGGACAGAGACGGAGAGAGCGACGCGACGGGGGUGAAGACGCUCCAGCGAACCUCGACCACCUCAGAAAACUCCAAACUUUGCUGGGCGAGAGGCAGACGAGUCCAUCCCAGACACAGGGAGAGAGAGAGAGUGCGCGCGCGCGAGAGAGAGAGAGAGGCAGGGGAUCUUUGCCGACGAGGUCCUGAAGGAUGGAAGAGAAGCAGUUUGCUGGGAUCCUGAACGGAGCAGUUCCAGGAGAGCCAGUGAAGAAGGAUGAAAACUCCCGGAGAGGGAACUGGGGAAACCAGAUUGAGUUUGUCCUCACCAGUGUGGGCUAUGCUGUGGGCCUGGGCAAUGUCUGGAGGUUUCCAUACCUCUGCUACAGAAAUGGAGGAGGUGCCUUCAUGCUGCCAUACUUCAUCAUGCUUGUGUUCUGUGGCAUUCCACUCUUCUUCCUCGAGCUCUCCUUUGGUCAGUUUGCCAGCUUGGGCUGUUUGGGGGUUUGGAAGAUCAGCCCCAUGUUUAAAGGCGUGGGCUACGGCAUGAUGGUGGUGUCCACCUACAUUGGGAUAUACUACAAUGUGGUCAUUUGCAUUGCCUUCUACUACUUUUUCUUGUCCAUGACAAACCUGCUUCCAUGGACUUACUGCAACAACCCGUGGAACACGCCAGACUGCAGCGGUGUCGUUAGCAGUUACCAGUUGAACGCUAGCCUGGCAAAUGCUACCAGUAGCUUGGUAGCUGGGGUGUCUGAGGUAGUGAACCGGACCAAGAGGACCAGCCCAAGCGAGGAGUACUGGAAACACUAUGUGUUGAACAUCUCUGAUGAUAUUGGGAACUUUGGAGAGGUCCGUCUCCCUAUCCUGGGAUGCCUGGCUGUAUCCUGGGCUGUUGUCUUCCUCUGUCUCAUCAGGGGCGUUAAAUCCUCUGGAAAGGUGGUGUACUUCACAGCCACAUUCCCUUAUGUUGUUCUGACUAUCCUCUUCAUCCGUGGCAUCACCCUGGAUGGAGCCAUCAACGGCAUCAAGUACUACCUGACUCCACAGUGGCAGAAAGUCCUUGAUGCAAAGGUGUGGGGAGAUGCCGCCUCACAGAUCUUCUACUCCUUGGGUUGUGCCUGGGGUGGUCUCAUUACCAUGGCUUCAUAUAACAAGUUCCACAACAACUGUUUCAGAGACAGCAUCAUCAUCAGUAUAACCAACUGUGCCACCAGCGUUUAUGCUGGCUUUGUCAUUUUCUCCAUCCUGGGCUUCAUGGCACACCACCUCAACGUCCCCGUGUCAGAGGUGGCUGACCACGGUCCGGGGCUGGCCUUUGUGGCCUACCCAGAAGCCCUCACUCUGCUUCCAAUCUCGCCGCUGUGGUCGCUGCUUUUCUUCUUCAUGCUCAUCCUUCUGGGACUGGGAACUCAGUUCUGUCUGCUGGAGACCUUAGUGACGGCCAUCGUCGAUGAAAUUGGUACAGACUGGAUCAUCAAGAACAAGACCGUAGUCACGCUGUCAGUGGCCAUAGCUGGUUUUCUACUGGGAGUGCCGCUAACGACACAGGCAGGAAUCUAUUGGCUUUUACUGAUGGACAACUAUGCUGCCAGUUUCUCUUUGGUCAUCAUCUCAUGCAUCAUGUGCAUCUGCAUCAUGUAUAUUUACGGCCACAGGAACUACUUCAAAGAUGUAGAGAUGAUGCUGGGCUUCCCUCCUCCUCUCUUCUUCAAAGUCUGCUGGAGAUUCAUCUCGCCUGUGAUUAUCUCUUUCAUCCUGAUCUUCACAGUGAUCCAGUACAAACCCAUUACUUACAAUGACUACGUGUAUCCCGGCUGGUCCUUGGCUAUUGGCUUUGCCAUGGCUCUGUCCUCGGUGGUCUGCAUACCCAUCUACGCCCUCUACAAGAUCUCAAAGUCACCAGGAGCUACCUUUAGAGAGAGGUUGAAGGCAGCGUGCCGAGCGCAUCCAAAGUGGGGUCCUGCCCUCCAGGAGCACCGGACAGGCCGCUACGCCCCUAUGGCCUCCGAAGACACUGUGGAGGCCCGUCCCUUAAAGGAGAGGGAUGAGCUGAAGGAAGAACAAAAGGAGAAGGAGAAGGAGGAGGGAAAGGAGAAGGAGAGGAAGGAUGAGAUUAGCCUCACCAUCCAGGGAAGCAACGGCUCCACCAACACACACAACAACCCCAACCCCAGCGCAUAGACGGCACUCCGCUCUAUCGGCAUCAGGGGGCAAAAGCCUCACACCUUUCCCUUUUCCUCCCUUCUCCUUCAUCCUCAACCCCACUUUCCCACAGUCCUCUGUGGGGGAGAUCCCAUUCACUGGAGACCUUUACAUAUUGUAAGGGCUUAUUAUAUCUAUCCUAACCUCUUCUAUCUAUCUGUGUGUUGUCUCCACAUAAGUGCAGAAAAACAAAAUGAAAGGAAGAAAAAAAGAAAAAUUGGCUCAUCACCCAAAAGGUUUGUGCGU